GUGUGGCUGCCAGAGGAGGCGCGUUGAGGGGUAAAAUGUAAAGCACCUUUUUUUAAUAUGUAGACUCGAGGACGUUUUCCGAGGCAGUGCGUCGACACGUAAGGCUGUUGCAGAUUUGGCGCAACACGCGCCUCUUGCUCUCACAGCCCAGUGCUGAAAAGCUAAUCUCCCGCACACGACUCUCCCUAAUGCCGGAGAAUACCAGUUUAGAGGAUCAAGAUGUUGACCAACUUGAGGAUAUUUAUAUUGAAUCAUCAGAAAAUAUCCAGUUUGCACAUUAAUAAUAUGUGCUUCUGUAAAAUAAGAACAAGUUUAAAAAGAUUAAAGCUGCAUAUACCUCUUGGAAGAAAUUACAGUUCCCUACCAGGCUUAAUAGGAAAUGAUAUCAAGUCCCUUCAUUCCAUCAUCAAUCCUCCCAUAGCUAAAAUCCGUAAUAUUGGAAUUAUGGCUCAUAUUGAUGCAGGCAAAACUACCACCACAGAAAGAAUAUUGUACUAUUCUGGAUACACAAGAUCACUGGGAGAUGUUGAUGAUGGAGACACAGUGACAGAUUUCAUGGCUCAAGAGCGAGAAAGAGGCAUUACUAUUCAAUCAGCUGCUGUUACCUUUGAUUGGAAGGGGUAUAGAAUCAAUCUAAUUGAUACACCAGGUCAUGUUGACUUCACCUUGGAGGUUGAGCGCUGCUUAAGAGUGUUGGAUGGUGCAGUGGCUGUAUUUGAUGCCUCUGCUGGUGUAGAGGCCCAGACUCUCACAGUAUGGAGGCAAGCUGAUAAACACAAGAUACCCCGAAUUUGCUUUUUAAACAAGAUGGACAAAACUGGAGCAAGUUUUAACUAUGCAGUUGAAAGCAUCAGAGAGAAGUUAAAGGCAAAGCCUUUGCUUUUACAGUUACCAAUUGGUGAAGCCAAAAAUUUCAAAGGCGUGGUGGAUAUAAUAAAUAAAGAAAAACUUCUUUGGAGUCCUAAUUCAGGUGAUGGAAAAGACUUUGAGAGAAAGCCCCUCUUGGAAACGAGUGAUCUUGAAUUGCUGAAAGAGACAACUGAAGCAAGGAAUGCCUUAAUUGAACAAGUUGCAGAUUUGGAUGACGAAUUUGCUGACUUGGUUUUAGGAGAAUUUAGUGAAAAUUUUGAUUUGCUACCAGCUGACAAGCUACAGACUGCAAUACACAGAGUAACACUGGCUCAGGCAGCAGUGCCUGUGCUAUGUGGAAGUGCCCUGAAAAACAAAGGCAUACAGCCCUUGUUAGAUGCUAUUACUAUGUACUUACCCUCACCUGAAGAGCGCAACUAUGAAUUUCUGAAGUGGUAUAAGGACGACUUAUGUGCACUGGCAUUUAAAGUUCUCCAUGAUAAGCAGCGAGGACCACUGGUUUUUAUGCGCAUUUACUCAGGCACAAUAAAACCCCAUUUAGCCAUCCAUAAUAUUAAUAGAAAUUGCACGGAGAGAAUAAGUCGUCUGCUUUUGCCAUUUGCUGACCAACAUAUAGAAAUCCCUUCACUGACUGCUGGUAACAUUGCUUUGACUGUUGGUCUUAAACACACUGCCACUGGAGAUACGAUUGCCUCAUCCAAGUCCAGCAUAUUAGCUGCAGCUCGUAGAGCCGAAAGGGAAGGAGAAAAGAAGCAUCACAUCCGGAGCUGCCACCUCCUCACCAAGCGCGUCCCAGUUAUCUACCGCUACAUGGAGAACCACAGUGUGGAUCAGAAAUUCGAAAACAUUUGUCCUCAGAAUGCCCUGCCAGAGAGGAAAGUUUCAGUUUCUCUCUUUUUCCAGGAAGGAUUAGCUUCGAGUUUAACAACCGCAGGUGGUGAACACAGGGAGCAGCGGGGACGACGGUCCCCAUCAUGCUUCCCACGAGGCAGAGAGAUCCGGGCUCCUCAACGCUGUGUCCGCACAGCAGUGACCGAGGCCUGCUCUGUGCGCCGAGGCCGGCGGGCGCGCAGGGCAGGGCGAGGCCGGGCGCCGAGGCCGGCGGGCGCGCAGGGCAGGGCGAGGCCGCGGAGCCGGCAGGCGAGACGCAGGUGGCUGCCGAGCCCCGGCGAAGCGCAGCGCGGGAAGCAGCGAGUCCCGUUCCUGCUGCGUGGUGUUGACAGACGAGACUGUCCCGGGCAGAGGGGCAAGAGGAGCCGCGGGGACCUGCCGCGGGAAGCCGGUGACGCGGGGGCAGGCGCGGACCGCGGGAAAGCUGCAGUCGGCUCUGCCCGGCCUCAGGGCUCUCCGCGCCCGGGCCACUUGGUCGCCUAA